AUGUAUCAAAUAUUCAUAUUUAUAUAUAGAAUCAUCUAAUUUAAAAGUUACUUAAAAUAUGUUUAUUUACAUCUUUAUUGUUUCCUAUUAAUAUCAAAAUCAUCUAUAUAGGUAUAAGUGUUAGUAAAUAAACCUUCAGGAAUAUUUACAAUCAUUCAAACUAAUAUAUUCUUUGCACCAGAAGAAUUGAAAUUCUUUUUCAAUUUAACAUUAAUCUGA